UUGGAAGGGUGGCCGAGUUGGUUAUGGCGCCAGGUUAAGGUCAGCUUAACAUCUGUUUCCUGGUGGGGCAACCCGCGCGAGUUCGAGUCUCGUCCCUUUCAAGAUUAUCCUUUUGCAUGUCGUGGUGAUAUUGAUAUCCAUUGUCCGAUGAUUUUUUUGGUGCGAUUUGACGAAUUCGGUGAACUCCGCCGAUGCGUCUUUUUUUGGGUACGUACCUCGAGAAUUGAGUUCCGUCUGCAGAAAUUGUUAGUGCAACGGAACGGACCAGUAGAUGGGGCAGAAACGGCUCAGAGUGGGUUCUUCGGAUACGAGGGACCUGUGAGAACUCUGCACUGGUGGGGCCGUCACCGACAAUGUGCCGUGGACCAACCAGGGGCGGUAUUUCUCCGUGCACAGGCCACUUUCUCGCCCGAUUCAUCCCCGACUGUGGGUCCGGGCCUGGAUUGA